GUGCAUCUAAAAGACUUUGCUCUACCUCCACACUUGACAUGAAACAAGUGUCACUUAAGUGAUUUCCUCUUUCACUCUCUCUGAGCAGGAAACAGCUGCUUCACAUGCCACCUACAAAUGUCCUCUACAAAACACCCACAUUGGCACCUGAUGAGAUAAGACAUCAGCGUGACCAGAAAAAUGCUGGACCGUGACGAGGGCGAGGUCACCGUGUUACUGCCUGAGUUCACAUCUGUAGCCUGGAACAGACCAGACUAGACGAGACAAGCAGUGCCACUCAAAACGUGAACUCAUGGGGCAGUCUUUGCAGAAACAUUCUUCACCCAUGCUGUUCCCUGGAGACAUUGUGGAGUAUCCCCGGAACAAAUACUUCUCCCACUUUGCAGUCUACUAUGGCGAGCGGGAUGGCAUUCGCUAUGUGGCUCACCUGACAUCCCGAGAUUCUGACUCCAAGCUCGUGCUCUUUGGACGUGCCCUUAGGUCACAAGUCAAAUUAGAUCCAAUGGAGCUGCUGGGAAAGAAUUACAAGGUCAACAACAUGCUGGAUGAUUGCAUCCCAGCCAGAGAUUUCCACAAUGUUGUGAAACAAGCCAUUGAUGACACGAUGGGACAGGAAGUGACCUUUGACAUCCUGUUCCACAACAGCGAGCACCAGGCAACAUUCUUCAGAUACGGAGUCAAGAAGUCAGAGCAGAUUGAGAGAAUCUAUGAGCACAUAAUGCCUGCGUGGAAGAAGCUCUUUGAGAAGAAGCAGCUGUGAAAGUUCUUGCCUAUAUAAAGAUAAAGCAAAUAAAUGACAUUUUUAGGAUUUGA